AUGAUCUUAAGAGGUUACAUGAUUAUUAUUCUGCUGGUAUUCCUAAUGGGUGUUGGAUUUCAACAAAUGAUGCACUUGUAGCUCACUUUUGGAGGACAAUCACUAGGGCUCGAAAUAUUGAUUUAAACACUGAAGCAAUUUGUAGCAUUACUUUUAAUGGACGUGAUAGAUUAAAUCCACCUAUUCCAAAAGGUUAUUAUGGAAAUGUUGUUUUCCAUGUAUGUCCAAAAAUGCUUGUAUCUCAAUUGAUUAACGGUUCACCAUCUUCAGUAGCACUUCAAGUUCGAAAAACCGUUACCGAUAUGAAUGAUAGUCGUAUGCGAUCUAUAAUUAAUUGGGUUGAACAACAACCAGAUAAAUCAUUGAUUUCUGCAAGUGUUUUGUUCAAUGGCGAAGAUUUUGGACUGACUAAUGUGUCAAAAUUUCAAAAGCAUAAUUUAAUAGAUUUUGGCGAUGGAAAUCCUAUAAAACAAAGACGUAGUCGAGAAUAUACAUUUGAUGGGCUUUAUAUAGCGCAGAGUACUGAGACCGAUGAUGGAAUAGAUGUUUUCUUUAGUUUACAAACUGAAAAAUUGGAAAUCAUGGAGAAGGAUCCUGAAUUUAAGAAAUUUAUUGUUUUAUAA